ACUGAUAUGGGAAAAAGAAUUUUAAGUAACAUUAAAACUUGUUAACGAAUCGUAAUUUGUAACAGAAGUGAAGUAUAAAAAAACAUUGAGUUAUAAAAAUAAUCUCAAAAAUAAUGUAAAAUUCUAUCAAUUACAUUUUUCCAUAGAAGAAAGUGGUAUUUUGACAUGCAUAAAGGGCAAUAUUUCGUAUGGGUCGUAAUACAAAUUCACGCGGGCGCUUUUUAUUCUGAUAAUGUCUAUCUAAAGAUAUGACUAAGAUUUACAUGACUUUAGUUUCACUUUAGAUCUCUGUAAGAGCUGCUUCACUUCAUUAUAAGCUUUUUCUUCUCUCGGUUGUUUUCCUGUUUGAUUUCAUAAAAGACAUUGGAUAUAAAAAAAUAGAAGGAGAAUUUGUAACUCGCAAAAUAUGGUCAAGCCUGAUAGAUUCAAAGAAACGCCACGGAAGAAGAUUUUCAGAACGACUCUUUCUGCCAGCCCUACCUACCAAGGGCCUUUUAGACAUAACGAACCCCUGGAAGAAGCAGAAUUGGAAAACAACUCUACAGCAGAGGAACUAAUUGAGGAAAUAGCAAGAGAGAGAGAUGAAUUGGAUGAAAAAAGAAAAAUGCAACCAGAAAGUGCAUCUCAACCAAGACCUGCCUCUCCAGAAAUUAGAGACGUUGCUUGGUUAAUUGUCAAUAGAGUACUUCGCUAUUGCAAAGGGAAAGAAUUUUUCAUUUUUGGUUUGAUUGUGACUAUCUGUUUUGCUCUGCUAUGCAUUCAACUGGCUCUACUUAGAAAAUCUCUUCAUGAAGUUGGAACAGAACAAAGGGGAGACAUUGUCAAUCAGUUAAUAGCAGAAAAUGAGCAGUUUAAAAGUGAAAUUUUAGCUAAAAUCCAUGAAGUCGGAGCAGAACAGAAGGAAGACAUUGUCAACCGGUUAAGAACGGAAAACGAAAACUUUAAAAGUGAAGUUUUGGCUAAAAUUAGAGAUAUUGAUGAAGGACUCAAAAAUGUGAAGUUUGAAAGUCAUCUAAAUGCAUUUCAUAAUAAAUUGUUGAAAGAACUGAAGAGAAGAGAUAAGACGGUGCAUCUCGAUGAAGCUCCAAUCUCGGGGGAAGACGAUGGAAAAGAAUCCUUAGUGGAUGAUAAUGAAGAGGAAACAAAGAAUGAGAGGAAAGAAACCCGUGGAUGGUUAGAAACAAUAAAAAAUGUCAUACUAUGGCUGUCACUUUUUCCAACCCUCUUCUUUUUUACUUUUUUUUUGAUAACUGGCGAGAAAAAAGCCGCUAGUUAG